GAGUGUGUGUCUUUUUCGAAAAUAUGAAAAACGGGGUCAAUGGUUCCGGGGCACAAUCGCAACAGUAAUAAUUCUUCAGCCAGUACAUGCCAGGCAAAGUGUCAUCUUUUAACGAUGUCUGGCCCCAUAAAAUUCGAGCAGUAGCAGCAGUUGCAUCUCCGUUCAAAGUUUCGCGCUGUAUCGGGUGAGAAUUGCUAUUAAACCGUUGAUGGCUCAGAUGCUCCCAGCAAUAGACAAAGUUUGGCGCCGUAAAUUGGCCCCGGGCGAAAAAUGACUCCCCUCAAGUACAGUAAAACAUGGCCAUCGAUCCUAACGAAGAUGGCCGUCGUUCAGCUGCGCGUCGAUUCCCGGGGUAGAACGUACAGCUCGAUCGUGGAACCGGCCUGCCUGACGGGCCCGACCAAUCUGGUCGAAUCGAACCCAAACUUUUGCGUGAUGGGCGCCGGAUAUCCGCAAAUUCUGGUGCAAACCCCGGGCGGUGGCAACGGAACCUGUGAACUGCCGCCGCCCCUGCCGGAUGUGGCCAACGUGGGGGACAACUCGGUAGUGCAAGUCGUGGGUCAUCAUUGUCAGUGUGGUGGUAGAGGAGGAGGUGGAGGAGCAGGGAGUGGCGGGGGAAGUUGUGAUGGUGGUGCCAGUGUUGAUCGUUUCCGGAGGCACCGCUUCCGGUCGGAGUCAAUCAAGAUCGACAACUGGGAUUACAUCUACACCGAGAAGAUGCCACUGAAGGCGGUUGGCAGUGGAGUGGGGAGUGCACCGCCAGACCACCUCCACCACCCAGCGUGCGGGGACCACCGGUGCAUCUCCGGCCAGGCCGCCCUCAAAGCGUCCACCCUGCGGCGUCAUUACUACCCCGAGGGGGACUGGGGCUGGGUCAUCGUGCUCGUCGGCAUGCUCAACAUGAUCCUGAACCACGGAGUGCAAAUUUCGGGUCCACUUUACCUGCUGCCAGCCGGGGAGCGUUUCCGGCAGAGUGCCGUCAACAGUGCAGGUUGGCUCGGAGCACUCUCCACGGCGGUGGCCCUUUUCAUCUCCCCCAUCACCAUCGCGGUCUGCAAGCGAAAGUCCACCCGACUGACGGCGGUCAUCGGCGGCCUGGUGACGGCCCUGGGAUGUCUCUUUACUUCGUUUGCCUCGCAGUUUCACCAGCUGUUCUUCAGCUAUGGUGCCGUCGUCGGCGUUGGAGUCGGCAUGACCCGGGACUGCUCGACGCUGAUGGUGGCGCAGUACUUCAAGAAGCGGCGCGAGUUUGUCGAAAUCUUUAUCGUCUCGGGCAGCGGGCUCGGCAUCGCGAUCAUGUCCACCUUCAUCAAGUCGGCCAUCGAUGCCAUCGGGUGGCGGCUGGGUCUGCAGGCGGUCACGGGGACCGUGUUUAUCACGUUUAUCCUGGGCACUUGCUACAGAAGCGCCUCGCUGUACCAUCCCCAGCGGAGGGCAAUUCUGCACUUGAAGAAUCAAAAGCGGAAGAUCAAGGACAAAAACAAGCACGACGAUCGUCCGCCGUUCUUCGAUUUCAGCACGCUGCGGAGUAAAACCGUGAGGAUACUGCUGGUGUCUACGGGGAUUAGUGCAUUCGGUAUCAACACACCGAUCUUCUAUCUCGCGCAUCAGGUCGAGGUCGACGGUAUCGGGGACAAGGUUAUGAUCUUGCAAACUUAUCUGGGCCUUGCGUGGACGCUUGGUUGCGCCGCGUUCGGAAUGCUAGUCGUGCGGAACAGUGUCGAGUGUCGCAUAGCGCGGCAGUAUCUCUGCCAGACGGCCACCCUGAUGUGUGGGCUGUGCAUCCUGGCGCUGACGGCUGUUCAUGGGAACUACCACGGGUACGUGAUGUUCGUGUGGAUCUACGGAAUCUUCUGUGGGGGCUAUCACUACUCGCUGAAGAUGUACACGUACGAGAAGGUCCGGGCUAGGAACUUUGCCCGGGCUUGGGGAUUUGUGCAGUUCUCGCAGGCGAUUCCGAUAGCGCUUGGGGUGCCGAUAUCCGGGUACAUGAAUGUCGGAGGAUCCGGCAAGGCUGGGUACUACUUCAGCUCGGCGUGUGCCCUCCUGGGAAGUCUUGCUAUGUUCCUGAUUGAUCUGCACAGACGCAACGUCUCGAGGCAUAAGCACACGAGGGCCAACGGCACCCGGCAGCUGUGCGUCUCGGAGACGUGUCCCCAGCGGCGGAAGUUGUCCUUCUCGCAGGAACCGGACAACGAACCGGGUAUCAUUACGGGCAACACGGCCAUGAUGAUCGGUCCGGAGCUGCUGAUUCCCCAGCUGAGCGACGGAGCCGUCGAGCCUAUCAACGGGCUGGACAAGCCCGAGCUGACGUGCAUUUCCGAGGAGGGUAUUGCCGACAUGGACCUGCCGGAUAAUCUGUUGGACGAUUUGGACUACGUCGGGGACUGUAUCACUUCAUGUAAUAAGGUCGAGAACUACCUUAUGCUCAGUGAGUUCGAGAACAACCUUAGCGCCGAGGCUCCAGUCCUGCUGGACAAGCGUGGCCGCAAGCUGUCACUGUCCAAGACGAAAACCCUACUUGCCAAUCAGCUGAACUUCCAGCACCACCCGGACUGUGCCUUGGAGCAGCAGCAACAUCAGCACCACAGUCAAAUCGGUCCCACGCCGAUAUUACCGAUCAUCGAGCACGAGCUUUCCCCGACAACGGAAAAGGGUCAUCAACAUCACGGCCAUCACAACCAUCACCACCACCACCACCAUCACCAAAAUCACCAACCAAACGAGAGGGCCAAGCCGGCUACGGACAACGGUCACUGCAAUGCUGGCGGCAAACCGUGUAGGCUCAACAACAAGUGGCGUCCGUCGCCACAGGCCGGAACCUUCCUGAACGCUCGUGUGAUAUCUGUGAUUGACGAAGCUUCCGUGUAGACACGUGGAAGCGUUUCGCGAUGAUUGUUUUGUAGCUUUGAAUGACCAUUUUUUUUGUCGGCGUGAUUCCUGAUUGACAGGCGAUGUUUACGUUACCUCAAAGUUGAGUCGCCUUCUGACCCUUGGUAUCCAGGUAACGUGAAGUUGGUAACUGUCAAAUUAAACACGUGAACUAUUCGACAAAAAUGUCCAAAGUGCUCCACACCGCCGAUUGUUUUUAAAACUAAUAUUGAUUUUAUUCUUGUUUAAUAAAGAAGGAAAAAAACUGCGUGAAAAGCAACGUUUUCUGGGACUGAGUAGGUUUAAAUCGUACCUGAUGUGAUUGAAUUUAGGAAAAAGGCGUUUUCUAACGAAUCAAACAACAACAAAACACUAAUCGAGAAUAGGAAUAAUACGCUUAAUCGACUAGAGAGAGAAGAGUGAAAAUUGCGGAAUGUUCUGUACACUAACAAUGCACACACCACACUUCUGUACGAACCCUAUCUCUACAUUCGAAUCUUAAAACCGUUGUUGAAUAGAAAAGUAGUUUCAUCUCCAACACCUCAUGCUAGCAAGCGAACAAACGAACACUGCCCAGUUGAAAUACAAAGAAAAACGAAAAACUCAAGUCCACAGCACGCCGAGGAAUGCAUUUAUACCUAUUGAAACCUCAAAACUUAACACACACAUAAACUUUUUUCUAUAUGUUCAUGUCUGUUUAAAUAUAUCUAGAUAACCAAUCCUGUAAAAAGAACACAAAAGAAAACAACUCUUACAAAUAACUGUAGGCCUUCCUCCCGCUAACUUAUCUAUAAUAGCGUUAUUAAACUUGCUGUUUCUACAUUCUGUAAAAGAGCAACAAACGCAAGAAAAUUAAAGUGUACAUUGAAACGAUUGCCCCUCUAAUAGUGUGUAGUAUAUAUCAAUAUGGGAUUGAAAAAUAAAAACAAUAAUAUAAAAUUCAAUUAUGGCAUCAAAACAUGCAACAAAAAGCUGCCGAAAAGGGAUUGCUAACUAUGGAAGGAAUAAUAUAAUAUUUAAACUGUUCAAUAUAAACCUGUACUACUUAUAUAUUUAUAUAUAUUUAUUGCUAUACGAUAUACAACUGACUUGUAUAUUUCAUAAUGAAAGUAUAAGAACUAGCGACAAUUCGACAGAAUCAAUAAACAAAUAGACACGUGUUUAGCGAAACAGAA